GACUGCACGGAGUCGCGGAAGACUUGCGAUAAAUCGUCAAACUCGGAAGCAGCCGCGUCAUAUGAGCAUGUCGUCCUUACGAACGCAGUCGACCGGCGGCGGCGGUGUUCUCGGUUUGAGCAGCGUCGGUUCCGAUCGUACAGGCGCGGCUUCGACCGCCGCCGGUUCCCACUCGCAUUCCCACUCGCACAGGAAGCAUCAUCAUCACCACAGGAGCAGAAGCGCGCCCCGAGCACCAGAGAAACCGCCCAGAAAGCGUCACCUAAAUCCCGGACAGAGUCUUGCCUCUAUUCCCAGUCAGAUUAAGCUGUCUAUGCUGAACAGCGGCCUCAUCUCCUUCGCUACGGAAGAAUUGGGAAGCAGUAAAUUGAGCACCACAUUGCCGACUGCUCCGACCGAGCUUUCGCAAUUUCCGAAGCUGUGCGAGCUGCGCCGAAAAUUCCCGGUUCUAUACCGAGUGGAGUUUCAGACAGCAACGAAGGUGGAAACGCAUUCGUGCCGACACGCCAUAAAAACCGCAAACAAGGAAAAAAAUCAAAAUCAAAAGUGUAUUCCAUACGACUAUAAUAGGGUAGUGUUGGAGACGAUAGAAGGCGAGCCUGAUUCCGAUUACGUUAAUGCAUCCUACGUAGAUAGUAUAUUGAAACCAAACGCUUAUAUCGUCACUCAGGGACCUAUGGAGAACACGGUGACCGAAUUCUGGCGGAUGGUCUGGCAAGAGCAAGCUUCCUGCAUUGUUAUGCUCACGAAAACCUUUGACUUUAUCAGGGUGAUGUGUGUACAAUACUGGCCGGCGAAUAAAGAAAAAGACGAGGAAUAUGGAGGUAUCGGCGUUUCCGUAUUAAAAGAAGAGGAACUCGCUAAUUUUCAUAUAAGGACGAUAAAGCUGUACAAAAAGAAUGAAAACAACGAGAUUACGGAAGAAAGGACGUUGUUGCAAUUUCAUUACACAGAAUGGCACUCACAUACGUGUCCCUUUGGAAAUGCGGUGCUGGAAUUUAGACGACGUGUUCGAGCUGUGGUGGGAUCAACUAUAAAGAAUGAAUCCGGCCCUAUGGUCGUCCACUGCAACGAUGGUGGAGGACGAUCGGGAGUAUAUCUAGCGAUCGAUGCGAACAUGGAGCUAGCCGAAGAGGAAGAUGCGUUUGACGUAUUUGGCUACUUGAAGAAGUUAAGGCAGAGCAGGAGAGGACUCAUAGAAAAUUUGGAACAGUACAAAUUCGUAUACGACACGCUCGAGGAAUUCGUCGUAUGCGGUACAUCGUGGUUUCCCGUAGCUGAAUUAUCGCAACGUCUAAAGCAGAAGAGUAUAAAAAAUCCGAUAACUAAGAUGAACGAAUAUCAACGAGAGUAUCAACAAAUUUGCAAGCAGACGCCGCGUUUCACGAUUGGCGAUUGCGCCGGUGGACAUAGGGCCGAUAACAGGGAAAAGAAUAGAGAUGUCCUGGUAGUUCCACCGGACAACUUUCGACCGUAUCUCACCAGCUUUCAGGGUAACAGUUUCACAGACUACAUCAAUGCUGUCUUUGUGGAUGGUUACACGAAACCGAGAGAAUAUAUCGUAACAGAAUGGCCCCUUCGACACACGUGCGGUGAAUUCUGGUCUUUAGUUUACGACUAUGAAUGCGCUGCGGUAGUAGUUCUCUGCGUGCCACCUCAGGGAUCCACGAAUUUUCCCAGUUUUUGGCCUGAAGGAAGACACUCCAAGAAAUAUGGACCCGUGUUUACGAUUGACCACAUCAGUCACAAUCAUUACACCAAUAUAAAAACCUGGGUUUUUAGGAUAAAUAAGAAAAUCGUCUCAUUGACGGAAUUGAUGGCGGGGGUGAAAGCACCACCGAAGACCGUGCAACUGUUUCAAUUAACUUGUUGGCCAAUGGGUCACAAAGUGCCCACGUCCACAAAUAGCUUAGUAGAACUCAUGAAUAUGGUUGAGAGAUGGAGACAACGAACAGACUACGGACCAGUAGCUGUGGUUUCGCCCGAUGGAAGAAGUCGUUGUGGGGUCUACUGUGCGGCCAACGCGUGUAUAGAACAGGUCAUUCAACAUGGAGAAGUUGACAUUUUCCAAGCCGUAAAAACUGUACGCAGACACAGACCCCAGCUUGUGGAAAACAUGACGGAGUACAAGUACUGUUAUGACUUAGUUCUACACUAUGUAUUGCACUAUUUAAAUAAAGACAUGAACGAAAAGAAGUGAGAAUGCGAGUUGAGG